CAAGCUCCUCUCACUCACAUACACACACAAACUCUGUGAAGAUCAACAUGCCCAGGUUACCUCAUCACUGUGUUAUAGCUGUGUGCAUGGCAGGAUCUCUGCUACUACUGCCACUCUACUGCGCUUGCCUGGAUGUCUUACCUACAUAUGAGUAUGAUUCCACUCCAUCACCGGAAUAUGACUACAAUGCCACAUUUGAUUAUGUAUUCUAUAGCAAUGGCAGUAGUGAAGAUUUGGAGAAGGUACUUAUGGGAGGUGGAACAUAUGAAAGUGAGACAGACAUAAGCCCAACGGAUGCAGUAUCUCCAAUGUCCACCAGCCUAAUCACAGAUCAGGCCACAAGGGCAGUCUAUCCAAAUGUACUGCUCACACUUGUCCUGACUGCUCGUCAUCUACUCAGACUCCUAUAGUUCACACACUUUGCAUCACAGGACACUGUCAAAUCCAUACAUGAGGGUGUCCAGGGGAAAAGAGGGAUGGACAGACAACCAAGAUGGAGCACCAGAGACUUUGCAAACCAAACUUUGAAACCAAGAAAGACCAACAGACAAACAGACAAACAGACAGACAGACAGAUAUACAGAAAGACAGUCAGACACAUCAGACAGACUCAUACAUGAAUGAACAUCCAUAUCCACAAACUCCCACUUCAAAAAGGCAGUUAAAGUGUCUUUUAUUGGCACCCACUACUUCUGCAGAACCCCAGCAAAGACACACUACAGGAUGCCACCUCUACUACAGGGUCAAAACAAAUUCAAAUAACUCAGGAAUAGGACACAAGAAUAAAUGGAACAGGUUGCAAAGAAGUGAAGCUCAAACAAAUAAAAGAUUACUUUUGGUUAAUUAGCUCUCAGAUUGUGUUUCCUCAGGGCAGUCAAAGAGAUACAGGAAAGCCUUAAUUACACGUACGUGUACCCGUGGAGAAAAGACAAGGUUUUAUGAAUGUUGAAAUGGAUCAUCAAAUGAAACAUUCCUUACCAGUGACUUCUUGGUACCUCCUGCAGUUUAAUGGCACUUUAAAGGUUAUAAAACAAUUGUAUGGAGCAUGUUUUUCAAGGAGACUAGUGAAUUGAGAUCGAGUGCUGAGAAGAGCUGGAGGAGACAUUAAUUUUCACUCAUGUGUGCAUGCAUGCUCCCUCCACAUUUCUAUUUAACAUAACACCAUUAUGUUAUGAAAUUGUUCUGAAAUUGUUUUCAUGUUCAUAUUGACUCUCACUAAAAAUCCAGUCUACUUCUAAAUCAACCAAAAAUAUUAACAGAACCCAGGAUAAAUCUACUUGUCUUGAAUGGAGCAUUCGUCCUAAGACAUUUAUUACCCUUGUUACCAGAUAGCAGAUGUGUUUUAUCUACAUAGUAACAUCAAGUACAUUUUUCAUUACCACUGCAUCAUAAAACUCCAAACAUUCUAUUUCUGAAAGAAAUCACUUUUGUCAGUGAUGGGAUAACUGGCCUGUUUAAGAAACAAAACAGAUGUACUGUGUGUAUCAGAGCAGAAGCUACACCUUCAGCGCAACCCUGCUUCCAUUUGGCCAAAUUUUAGUGUCGGUCUUGCACAACCUAUACAUGGGCACUUUCCUAAGCCAAUGCACUUGUUCAUGACCAGUUUUUCAGUGCUUUGCAGCACAAGUCCUGUGCUAUUGUAUGUCUGAAGUACUAAAUGUUGCAUUUAUAGUUUGUAAACUGCAUAUAACAGUUCCAUUCAAGGAUAAAUAUACAUCUAAUUUUAUGAACUAAAGAAGCAAUAUGUAUGUGUUGUUAAUAAUAUGGAAUAAAUAUUUUUAAUUACAUUAAUGCAUUUGUCUAUAUAAAAGUUGACAAAGAAAUAUACGUAUAUGUAAAGCUACAUUGGGAGAUGGAAAAUUAUUGUCUGACCUUCAUAUUAACAAAGAUGUUUGUAGUACUGAUAGACAUUUAUCUUAAA